UGAGUUCCGUAUCCACGUCAGAGCUGUCACGGAGAAGAGCUGAUAAUGGCUACAGUUGAGGUGGCACUUUUAGGUGUUUAGGCUGCCAGUAAACUGCUAAAUGUGAGACUAAAGCGGGUUUCAGACAUCAGCCACGGCGGCAAAAGCUCACAGCUAUCGUAAUGUUUGACCGGCUUUUAAUUCAAUGUCGUCUAACGCUGUUGUUUUUGACGAAUUCCUUCAGGCGAGCGGCCAGCUGUUGUUAGCCGGGUGCUGUGCUCGCUAACCAGCGUCUGAUCAAUCUGCGAAGACACUUAGUUACGGUUUAAAUAGGUGGGUUUAACGUUAACGGGGUUCCGGUGGUGUGGAGGCUACAGCUGAGCCUAAUGACCGAGCUAACGGAACCGUUCUUGAGGUCAAAGCAAGGCUAGUCCCCCAGCCUCCGUUCUUCGGUUUGGUGUUUGUUGAUUUUAUUUGUACCGUUGAAGAUGUCAUCGUGGCUGGGUGGACUGGGCUCUGGCCUCGGCCAGUCUCUGGGACAGGUCAGCGGGAGCUUGUCGACCUUCACCGGCCAGAUAUCCACCUUCACCAAAGACAUGUUACUGGAAGGUGUGGAAGAAGUGGGAGACGCUGCCACAGAACUUCAGGUGUCCAAUUCCAAGUUGGCUGAAGUUCAGGCUGGGUUUGCUGCUCAGAAAUCUGAGUACGACAGAUUGAAAAAGCUUCAAUCAGAGCUGGAGGAGAAGCUGGAGGCUUCAGAGAUCCAGAUUAAACAGCAGUCAGCAGAGUACAGAACCCUCCUGCAACAGAAAGAUGUGGAAAUCAGCCAUCUGAAAGCUCGGCAGAGUGGACUCCAAGAAGAAGUCCAGAAGCUCCAGCAUUCAGCCCAGUCGGCCUCAGUCUCCCCUGCAGUUCUGCCAGUCACCACUGCUUCCUUGACCACUACUUCCUCUUCUCCUUCUGGCUUCCUGACUCAUGCCUCAGGGUCUCAUCGGGGCUUCCACGGCGACGAAAUCGACAUCAGCGACGUUCUUUGGUCACAGCAAGAAAUCAACCGGCUGUCGGCAGAAGUGAUGCGUCUGGAGGCAGAGCUGGGACACUGGAGGAGAAUGUCUCAGGCGUCAUCAACAUCAGGAACUGCUAACGGCGACCAGGGGGAAAUUCUUAAGCUACAAAAGACGAUUAAGGAGCUGCGAGAUGAGUUGAGCCGAGAGGUGGACGAACAUCAGCAUGAGCUGACAGCUCUGCAGGAUGCGCAGCGGCAAAAGAUGGCUGACGUUACCCGGCGGCACAGAGAGGAGCUAGCAGAGUAUGAAGAGAGGAUAGAGGAGCUGGAGGAGCAGAUUCACAGUGAAGUCAGUUCCUCAUCGGAUGCCUCCAAAGAGCUUGAACUUCAAAAAACCAUACAAUCCCUUAAAGAAGCAGCAGAGCAGCACAAGCAGCAGCUGGAGGAUGCACAGAGGAAGCAGGUCGCCCUGCAGCUGGAGAGAGACGAAGCCCAGGAGGAAAACGCCGGGCUGCUGCAGAACUAUGCCCGGCUGCAGGCGUCCGUAGCUGAGCUCCAGACUCGAGUGCAAGAGCAGGAAGGAAAAGCUCUGCAGAAAGCUCAGUUGGAGCACGAGAUCCAAAUGUUGAGAAGCAACCUCGCAGGUGCAGAAAAAGAAAUAGAAAGACUGAGAAGCCUGUCUGAGACGGAGCCGAGGGAGGAGGUGGAGCACGCAGACAUCUUAGAGCUCAACACCAUCAUUGGAACAUUACAGCAAGAAAAGCUGGAUCUGCAGCAAAGACUGAAGCUGGCCGAGGAACAAACGGUUAGUGAUGCUGGAGCAGCGGAGGAGUCGGGACUAAAAGGGGAGCUGGAGAGGAGAGAGAGAGAGCUGAAAGCCACAGAGGAGGAACGAGACACCUUGAUGUGUGAGCUGGAGGAGCUGGAUCGGCAGAAUCAAGAAGCAACCCAGCAUAUGAUCAGUGUGAAGGAGCAGCUCUCUGGACAGCUAAAGGAAGUCGAGUCUGAGCUGAUGAGAACCACUUCAGAGCUUAAAACAGUCAAAGAGCAGAAAACCACACUGGAGCAGGAGCUGGAGAUGCAGAGAGAGAAAGUUAGCCAGAGUGCUUUUAGUCUAAAUGACCUGCACAUGGAAAAGCAGCAGUUGGAGCGGACAGUGAAGGAGCUGAGGGACAAACUGGGACACGUACAGGAGCAGAGUGCAGAAGCACGUAAAGAUGCCACAGACCUGAGGAAGACCCUGCAGGAGCGAGAACAGCAGCUAGCUGCUGCUAAAGCCGUGCAGGAUCAAGGAGGACCGAGAGGAACCGAGGCACAGGGAGCUGUGGAGCAGCUCGAGGGUAAGGAGAGGGAAUUAGCAGACCUCAGGAGGGAACUGAAGGAAAUGAGGAGCUCCAAUGAAAGGGUGAUGUCUGAAGAAUAUGAGAGGAAAAUGGAGAACAGGAGGUUGAAGGAGGAGUGUGAGAAAGCUUUGGGUAAAGUUGAGGAACUGACCAAACACCUGAAGGAGAGCCAGGCUGCCCUCAGCAGGACGGUGAGGGAGAAGGACACUCGGAUUGAAGCUUUAAAGCUGGAGAAAAGUCAGAUUGAAGGUGAGUUGAUGCAGGCUGAGAGGACUCUGACAGAACAGGUGAAACAGUACCAGCAGACCAUCGAGGAGAUGACCCGAGCUCGAUCCAUGGACGCCUCGGCUCUACAGACCCAACACGAGGCUGCCAUCAGACUGAACCAGGAUAAAGACCUGGAGAUCGCCAAGCUGAAGAGAGACCUAGAGCAGCUGGCGUCAGACCACAGAGAUACCAAUGAGAUGCUGUCCAUCACAGUCGCCGGGCAGAAGCAGCUGACCGAUCUGCUGCAAGAGAAGGACGUGUUUGCAGAGACUUUAAAACAAAACGCUGUCGAUUUACAGAAGGAGAUGGAAAACAGGAUUUCAGUCGUGACCAAGGAAAAUGAAGUAAUCAAACAGGCGCUGGAGGAAAAAGAUAAACAGCUGGGCAGCAUGAAGGAGGAGAACAGCCAUUUGAAAGAGGAGAUCGAUCGCUUCAAGGAUCAGCAGAGCAGACCUCCACCACUGGCUGAGCCCAAAACCCUGGAUAUCAUCACAGAACUGGAAACGGAGAUCUCUCAACUCAAGUCUUCCAAGAAUUCCACAGAAGAGGAGCUUCAGGCUCUGAGGAGGACCACAGAGGAGCAGCAGGCCUCCUUCCUUUUGUCUCAGCAGGCUCAGCAGAGCGAGCUUGAGCAGGCUCAUGCUCGCCAUCAGCAGACAACGCUCAACUAUGACAGACUCAUCCACGCCAGAGAGGAGGAGAUAGCUCGCCUCCAGCAAACUCUAGAGCAGCUUACUGACGGCCAGGGCCGAGGCCUCUUCCCGGCUCCGCAGGGAGUCGUCAUCAUGCAGGAGCACAAAACGCAGACACUAAACCAGGAGAACGGCAACGAGAAACAUGACCUGUCCAAGGGGGAAAUAGAAAAACUGGUGAGGGGCAUCAAGGAGAAGGAGACGGAGAUCAGCCAGCUGAAUGAGAGGAACCUCUCUCUCACCAAGCAGUUAGAUCAGCUGGUGGUUUCUCGUGAUGAAGUGGGAAAGCUCUCUCAAAUGAUCCGGCAGAAGGAUCUGGAAAUUCAGGCGCUUCAUGCCAGAGUGUCCAUGGGUGGAGGACACAGCCAGGACGUGCUGUAUCUACAGCAGCAGCUGCAGGCGUUGGCUGUGGAGAGGGAGCAAAUGUUAGCCGUGCUGAACGAGAAGACGAGAGAAAACAGCCAGCUGCGCUCGGAUUAUCACCGACUCAUGGAUAUCAUGGCAGGGAAGGAGGCUGCGCUGGUGAAGCUUCAGCAGGAGAAUCAGCGCCUCUCCAACAUGAGCGAUCCCUCCGGGAGCCAGGAGAUGUUCAAAGAGACCAUCCAGAAUCUCUCCCGGAUCAUCCGAGAGAAGGACAUCGAGAUCGAUGCUCUGACUCAGAAGUGCCAAACCUUGGUGACGGUGCUGCAAGCGUCAGGAGGAGAGCCCGGAGCUUCUUCUGGAGGCGUCAGCAGCAAUCAGUUUGAGGAGCUGCUGCAGGAGAGAGACACUCUGAAGCAGCAGGUCAAGAAGAUGGAGGAGUGGAAGCAGCAAGUGAUCACGACCGUGAAGAACAUGCAGCACGAGUCUGCUCAGCUGCACGAGGAGCUGAUCAAGCUGCAAAGCCAGGUCUCCGCCGACAGCGACUGCAGCUCCAAGCUGUCGGUGGACUACGCUCGGCUGAUUCAGAGUUACGAGCAGAAAGAGAAGCGGCUGGGAGGUUUGAGCCUUGAACUUGCACAGGUUCAGCAGACGAUCAGCCAGCUCAGCACAACCAAGGACGUUCUACUUGGUAAACUGGAUGGCGUAGCUCAGACUCCAGAAAUCGCCGCCACCCAGCUCGGUGAUCGUUCUCUCACAGCUGAAGUCCCAAGCCCACCCAUAGCUUCGCUUCUAAACGACGACACAUUCCAGAAAGAGCUUGAAAAACUGCAAGCGCAGUUAGCUGAGAAAGAAAACCUGAUCAGGACUCUUCAAGAGAACAACCACCGACUCUCAAACUCUGCAUCUGCUUCAGAGAACGAGCAGAGAAGUCAAGCCGAGGAGGUCCGGCUGCUCAGAGAGAGGCUGGAGUCCUUACAACGGUCCGUGAGAGAGAAAGACCUGCUCAUCAAAUCCAAAGGAGACCAGCUAAUCCACGUGAGCGAGGCUCUACGUAACCGUGACAACGAUAACGAGGUGUUGAAGCAGGCCGUGACCAACCUGAAGGAACGGGCUCUCAUUCUGGAAAUCGACUCGAAGAAGCUGAAGGAGGAGAACGAGCUAGUGGCUGCACGCUCUCGGGAGAAGGAGUCUGAGUUCAGAGCUCUGCAGGAAACCAACAUGCAGGUGUCGCUGCUGCUCAGAGAGAAGGAGUUUGAGCUGAGUGCGAUCAGCGAGAAGGCUGCUACGGUGGAGAGGAUGCUGACAGACAAAGAGACGGGUAACUCUGGUGAGCUGAAUCAGCUGCUGAACGAGCUGAAGUCCAUGCAGGAGAAGGCUGUGAUGUUUCAGCAGGAGAGGGAUCAGAUGAUGAUGGCUCUGAAGCAGAAACAAAUGGAGACCACUGCAGUUCAGGCUGAGCUGCAGCAUGUGAGAGACAAAGAGCAGCGUCUGAACUUGGAGCUUGAGAGGUUACGUAACCACCUGUUGGAGAUGGAAGACUCGUACACCAGAGACGCCAUCGCUGCUGAGGACCGGGAGACAGAGCUGCGCAGGAAGGUGGCGCUGCUGGAUGAGAAACUGGCCUCGUCUUCCAACGCUGUGGAGAAUGCCAGCCAACAGGCCAACAUGCAGGUGGAGUCUCUGCAGGAGCAGCUAAGUGUGGUGGUGAAGCAGAGGGAUGACACACUCCUGCAGCUCCGAACCUCUCAGGAGCAGGCCAACCAGUACGCAGUGUCUCUCUCCAACCUGCAGAUGGUGCUAGAGCAGUUCCAACAAGAGGAGAAGGCCAUGUACUCAGCAGAACUGGAGAAGCACAAAAAGGAGAAGGAGGAGUGGAAAAGAAAAGCUCUUCUGCUUGAAGACCAGGCCUCUGCUCUGCAAAUGAACUUGGAUGAAGCCAACGCUGCUCUAGAGUCGGCCUCUCGUCUCACUGAUCAGAUUGAUCAGAAGGAGGAGCAGAUAGAGGAGCUGAAAAGACAAGUGGACCUGAGGCAGGAGAUGUUGGAGGAAGCACAAAGAAAACUGAUGAAUCUCCUCAACAGCACCGAAGGAAAGAUCGACAAGGUCCUGAUGCGUAACCUGUUUCUGGGGUACUUCCACACGCCUAAAGCCAAGCGGGCGGAUGUGCUGAGGCUCACGGGAAGUGUGCUGGGUCUGAGCCGAGAGGAGGUGGACAAGAUGCUGGAGGAGGAUGCACGGCGGGGUGUUUCUGGAUGGAUGUCCAGCUGGCUGGGAGGCAGAGGAGCUCAAAGUGUCCCCAACACCCCUCAGAGGCCCAGCAGCGACCAGGGCCUGAACUCGUCCUUUUCAGAAAUGUUUGUAAGGUUUCUGGAGACUGAGUCGACCCCGUCUUUGCCUGCACCAAAGCUUCCGGUCCACGACAUCAAGCCUCUGAGUGCAGCACCUCUAGGGAGAAGCAGCACGUCUGCUUCCACCGCUGCAGCAGCUGCAGCAUCCAGCAGGCGAGCCGGAGACUCCAGUCCGUUCCUGGCUCCUCGCUCUGCAGCUGUUCCUCUGCUGGCCAGGUCUGGACCUGGUGGCUCGGGAGGUCACCUGCUGAUGAAGCCCAUCUCAGACGCUCUGCCCACGUUCACACCUGUGCCGGUUUCCGCCGAGGCCAGUGCGGGCGCUGUGCUCAAAGACUUGUUAAAGCAGUGAUGAGCCCUUGUUAAGAACCAACCUUCAGCACUACAGCAGCCUGGGACAUUUGAGCAGCUCUACUUAUUGCUGCGCCUUCUCCUUCCAGCAAAAAUAAACCAUGUGAGAAUUCAUGAUAAUGUUCCUGAUCUCAGACCAAAAUAAGUAUUUUUUAGAUGGUUGUAUCCAUGAUCCUGGUUCUAUGCAACAGGCUCAGUAUGGUUGGAUCAAACGUUGAAUGAAGUGACUUUACAAGCCAAAAUGAUGUAUUUGAUUAUUUCUGGUGUGUUUUUCUUGACCACGAGUUGCUUUUGAUUUGAUGGAUCAUGUCAGUUCUAAACAUAAGUGGCCUUAUAAACUCUGAGUCUGAUCAUCACCUCUGUGUAUGAGAGGAAACAUUGUGUUUUCAGCCAUCAAAAAUUAGUUUUGUUCCUCCUCCUUUAAUUUUUCUUCUUGUUUUCAACGUUUCAGUGAGUUUAGUCUGAACCAGGCCUAAAACCUCUGGCAACAGCUGAGAUUUAUGUAGUUCAGUACAUCUGUUGAAACCAUAAAGAUCUGUUGGGUUUUCUCAAAAAUGCUUCUUUUCCAGACAAGCAGACUGAGAUAUGCAAUGAGUAUAAUUAUAGCUGCAGACUGUGGUUGAUCGGAGGGUUCAGGCCGCUCUCAUGUUAAAGUCCAACACUAUUAUAGUUAUUUAUAUAUAGAUGAUGUAAAUGGGUUGUUUUGUUUUUAUUUAUAGGCAACUAUAGGACGCUAUAGAAGUUAAGUGCCUGUAUUUUUUGCAAAUGAGUGGUCUGAUCAGGUCUGUAAAUGGUUGCUAUAAAGAUUUAUAUUUACAAAAUGUAAACAAGUAGAAAUCCAAGAGGUUUUUCCUGAUCCGAGCAGGUCUGUGUGGGACUGCUGCUGCACAUUUUUGUGUAGGCAUCAAUCAGAAGCUUCAGGAGGAAUGUUACAGGACCUGUCCAGGUGAACUGAUGAAAUGUAAAAACUGUAAAUCCUGACUGGAAAGAUUUUUUUAGAUGUGAAACUUUGAAGUGGAACAUUUGAAUUUGAUGGAUGAUUGGUUUAGUCUUUAAAUAAAGGUUACCAUGGUGACCCCUCGUU